AUUUUGGUGUUAUUGUAGUUUUGUUUUUAUACAGUCGUUGUAUUCGGUAGAUUGCAGUUUAUUUGGAAAUAAACCAGGAGGAUCCCACUUUGCCGGAGAUCUCGCGAUAUCUGUUGAGAGGUCUCGGACCGCACAGUGGGGCCCCCGGAAGGUUGCAGUGCUGCCGGGGCCAUGGAACCUGAUGGACUUUGAAUGUGAUUGGUUUUAAGUCCAUAAAUUUGUUUUCCUGACCUACCAAACCAUGGCAGAUCCUGAUCUUGAUUUCCAGACUGGUGAGUCUGGUGCCUCUGCCACCUACCCCAUGCAGUGCUCUGCUCUGCGCAAGAAUGGCUACGUGGUGCUGAAGGGACGUCCUUGCAAAAUUGUGGAGAUGUCCACCUCCAAGACCGGCAAGCACGGACAUGCUAAGGUUAACCUGGUUGGCAUUGACAUCUUCACCAACAAGAAAUAUGAAGACAUGUGCCCUUCUACCCACAACAUGGAUGUUCCUUCCAUCAAGAGGGUAGACUACCAGUUGCUUAACAUCAGCGAGAACUUCAUGUCCUUGUUGGCCGACAACGGUGAUGUCAGGGAGGACCUGCGUGUCCCUGAAAAUGAGGUCGGCAGGGAAAUCGAAUCAAAGUUUGAGGCGGGUGAGGAAUUCGUGGUCACCGUGAUUUCUGCCAUGGGGGAGGAAUGUGCUGUCGCUACCAAGGUCUUGACUAGCAAAUAGGAAGACUGACUUUGCUGCCCAGGCAACAAGCACCACUCACAACCAGUCUCUAGCAUUCUCCUUGGUUCUGUCACCAAAACACUGUGACAUCCUGUCACAAAGUGUCUGCCUUCACAGACAACCUCAACCAUCCUGUCAUGAUUUCUUUUAUCAGUGAGAUUUUCUUUUAUGCCCCCCCCCCCCAUGUUUUCUGCUUCUCAUUGCUGUUGAGAAUGUUCGACUGCCAUUUGCAGUGCGGUUCUCUGAUCACUGACGUUUGGUUUGGUAACAAUCUACAUAAAGCAACUUUAAAAAAAAA